GCGAAGUCUGUGUGGGACACGUGUCUGAUCGACAGAAAUGCCACGUAGAUGGAACAGCGAGGGCGCCGAGAAGGCAGCAGCGGGUCUGGAUGAUGAUGAUGAUGAGGGGAUGUUGGGGGAGCAGUUGGUCUCCUCGCCGUCAGACUCGGAGAGACCCGGGACUUGUAGCAAUCUGUACAAUCAUCAUCAAUCCAAUCAACCGCAGGUGCAUGAACGAACGGGCGUGUUGAACGUUGGAGGGGGGGUAAGAGGCGGAGCGGAGGAGGGAGUAGGAGUAGGAGGAGGAGGAGGAGGAGGAGGAGGUGGUUCUGGUGGAUCGGCGUCGCCGCGGCCGAGUGUUUGCUGUUUAGAUGUAGGGAUAGGAGAGGAGAGAGGAGGGGGAAGCAGGCGGUGUGCGCGGCAGGAGGUCGCUGUGGGCGAUCGUUCUGGCGGAACUGCGGCGGCGCCGGGCGGGAAAAGUGUGCGACAGCUCGUGCGACGCCGUCGCCAGCGCGCUCUGGGCGCUGUUGUGAGUCCGCACCUGCAGCUGCGGAGGCGGAUCCCAGGUUCGGCGCCCAUUGCCGUCCUGGGGACUAGGAAGGGCGGGGUUGGAGGGGUUUAUUGCUCCGCGAGAUCGAAGGGUUUGUGGGGGGGAGGGCGGGGAAGCGGGUGCUGCUGGGGAGGAGGCUCGCGGACGCGCCGCGCGCGUCUUUUGCGCGGGUUUGGAUUGGCCUUUUGCGCGCGACAUCUUUCCCGAUCUAGGGCCGCGGUAGACGGAGUAGGCGUAGGCGCAGUAGGAGGAGGUGGAGGAGACGGGAGCCCGCCUACUUCUCCCAUCUCCCCUGCCUCUGCCUGGAUGGGCGCUUGUGUAGCUAGAUUCGGCCCCCCACGGACCCCAUGUAUACCCCGCAUGACUAUGUCAUCCAAGAGCUUGGACCAUAGCCGCGGUAGCGACAGUGAGACGAUGGACGCGCCAGUGGCGGGAGAGCAUUCGAAGAAGCCGUUGCCUGCAGGUGCGGGGGCGAGCGGGGCGGCGGUAGGGGCGGCGGUGGGCGGAAGCGGGGGCGGCGCCGGGGCUCCCAGCAGCAAAUCAACCUUGUCGUAUCCGAAGAGGGUUGGCGCGCCGACGUUGGAUCUUACACUCAUCUCGCCGUCUUCCUUGGAACGAUCUCCGAGCACGCCCAGCUCUUCCAGUUCCUUUGCGGGAUUGGGUUCAAGUAGGCUGCUGUUACAGAGGAGGGACUCUGACAUGUCAAUCAUCGAAAUGAUGCCGUCGGAUACUCAGGUGGCAUGGUGCCAGCAGGCAUUACAAGCGCUGGAUGAGAUUUUCAAUUCUUUGAGACCGAAACGGGGCUUCGACAGGGAUUUCCAGCUCCUGCAGCAAGAGACCGACUCUAAGGAGUUUCUGGCCGAGGCAGGUGGUUGCAGCAUUGGAUUACUUCCUGGCAAUGCAAAGAAGAAUCGCUAUUGCGAUGUCAUUCCAUUUGAUAAUUCCCGUGUGAAAUUGUCGAAUAGUGAGGUGCGGAUGACUGGGACUUCAACAGAUAUUGAGGGGACAGCGGACUACAUAAAUGCGAAUUUUGUAAAGGUAAAGUAAAAUGCUCUGCAAGUUCUUACAUUUCUGUCUCCCUGCUGGGAGGGACCCUCGCACUACCUGAGUUUGAACUUGUGUCCCAAAGUGUGAAACGUUGGAAACCCAUGGUUUGUAGUUCGGGGUUGUUUUUUUACCUUGUGCUGUCUGUGAGACCACCCUAGAAAAUCAUGGUUUUUUUUUUUUUUUUUUUUUUUUUUUGGAUUUUCUAUCCGUGGCUUAUUUCUUAUCUUGUGGUGUUUGUGAGGGCCCGCUCGGGGUAUGAACCUGUGAACUCCCACACACUUACUCUCGGCUACCGUCUUCAGCCAAAUAGAACGCCCGGUCAUUAUGGCUGCAUCUAGACUGAAAGUUGCCCCAAAUACGGCUAUAAUGAUCGGGCGUUCUAUUCGGGUGAAGACGGUAACCUGUGGCUGCGGAGUUCAGAGGAUUGCAUCAUUAUUUUAUGGGCAAAGGGUAAUGAAUUCGCUCCAGUCAG